AUGACGAUUAUCGACAAUUGGAUCUUUGCUGCCAUCUUUUCCAUCAAUGUCUGUCUGGCUCAAGUCAUCAUCUCUCCAUAUGCCGGUCUUCCUUCCGUUAUACCCGGAGAGAUUCAAUCCAACAUCAAUUCCAUCGUCCAAGUCGCCACCGAGACUACUCCAAGCACCAGUCCCACGUUGGCGCCCAGCGACCCUUCGUCUCAGGCAACGAGUUCCAAUGCCGAAACGACAGCCAGUAGCCCUCCAACAAUAUCUACGUCUUCUUCCGCAUCAACAACGACAUCCACUCCUGUCUCCACAUCAGCAACAACAUCCCCACCUACCUCCUCAUCUUCGACAACCUCUAUAGCCAAAUCCUCAUCUUCGACAACCUCUAUAGCCAAAUCCUCAUCUUCGACAACCUCCAUAGCCAAAUCCUCAUCUUCGACAACCUCCAUCGCCAAACCCACAUCUUCGACAACCUCCAUCGCCAAACCCACAUCUUCGAUUGCAUCUCCAGGCCUUAAACCCUCAGCUAAAAUUGGGGUCGGCUUGGGCCUGUCUUUGGGCGUGAUCGCCCUUGCUUUCAUCGGCUUCCUGACAUUGCGCCACCAAAAACACAAGAAGGCUUCGCGGCUCCUACAUCAUGGCAAUAUUGCGGCUGCCGGGCUGUACCCUGUCAUUGAUGAAGGUGACAACCAGGAUGAAAGGAAUAUGAUCGAUGUUCGGGACAGCAGUGGACCGGAGGGGCUUGAAAAAAACGAUGUACAUGAGAUUCAAGGGACAGCAAUACCGGCAUACUCAUUGGAGUUGGUUGGUUCACCAGGGGUGCAGGGGCAGGAACGUCCGACUUGGCAUGUGAUCACAAUUGUGUCCAAAUUUGCUUCAACAAGCAAGGGAGAACCAGAAUUCAACUUUAUGGUACUGGAGGUCAGGACCAUCAGACGCUGGGACUCGAAAUGUUACUAUCCGAGCCAAGAUUUUACCGGGACUACAGGUCAGCUGUGA